AUGGGUUUAGCCAGUCUGCUCUUUUUCUUUGCUCUCUUCUUCGGCUCUGAUGUGAAAGGAGCUACAGGGUAUUACUCAGUCCUUUCUGUGACCAACGGGCAGUCAUGGGGAGACUGGGACAGUAAAGAAAUGUGCCCAAGUGGCUAUUAUGCGACAGGUUUUAGUCUUAGAAUUGAGCAUGGCCAGGGAGGCGGCGAUGACACUGCAUUGAAUGGCAUUCGCCUCCAUUGCUCACGGCCAGGGAAUAACUAUUGGAUCACCGUCGAUUCAAAUUCAGGAUGGUGGGGUGAUUGGACAGAGGCUCGGUUCUGUUAUUCCGGGUCACUGAAGUCCUUCCAGCUGAAGGUGGAGCCUCCUCAAGGUGACGGCGAUGACACGGCAGCGAACGACAUCAAGUUCCAAUGCUCUAACGGGGAGAUUCUUGAAGGCGGUGGCAUGCCAUGGGGAGACUGGGGAGAGUGGAGUACUGACUGCUACGAUGGUGGGAUCUGUGGUAUUCAGACAAGGCUGGAACCACCUCAAGGCAGAGGAGAUGAUACUGCUCUCAAUGAUGUACGCUUCUUCUGCUGCAAUUAGAGAUUUGUUAUGUGGAAGAUGAACACCGAGUGUAUCAGUCCAUUAACAAACAAACAAACAAACAGUGUUUUUUUUUCUUCUAAAGACAGCACAUUUUUCAAUGAACAGCACAAUCAUUAUUGCAGUCAGCCUUUCACGUAAGAAUUAUAUCAUAGAUUAUCUCUUAAAUUGCAUAAACAUACACUAUGUCAUAUGUGCACCGAGAGACAAGUUUUUAAUUCAGUUAUUCGUAGAUAUUGAUCAUACUUGAGACAUACCA